CUGUGACGUCAUACCUACCAGGAGCACCUCCAUUCUAGUCACUACUGCGGAUUUGCUCCUUCCACUUACGACUUCAUUUGGCGACUCAGUUGUGCGUCAUAUCAGAGGGACGGAUAAUAUCGGCAAUGAAUCCUUUAACAAAAGUAAAGUUGAUAAAUGAGCUCAAUGCUCGUGAGGCAAAACUUGGUGUAAAGGAGUCUGUGUCGUGGCAUCAAGACUACAAAGACAGUGCUUGGAUCUUUAUGGGUGGGUUUCCCUAUGAGUUGACAGAAGGUGACAUUAUCUGCGUCUUCUCACAAUAUGGGGAAAUUGUAAAUAUUAAUCUAGUCCGUGAUAAAGUGACGGGGCGCUCUCGUGGAUUUUGCUUUCUGUGUUAUGAAGAUCAGAGAAGUACAGUGCUGGCUGUAGAUAAUUUGAAUGGCAUCAAGUUGAAAGGCCGUACAAUCCGUGUGGAUCACGUGGCCAAUUACCGGCCACCUAAAGAUGGUGAAGAAGUUGAUGAAGUGACACAAGCACUGAGGGAGAAAGGCUGUGGUGCUAGGACUCCUUCCCCGUCUUCAUCAGAGGGAGAGGCAGAGGAAUUACAAAGGCCAAAGAAAGAAAAAAAGAAAAAGAGAAAAAAGGAAAGCAAGAACCAUUCAAGUGAAAGAAGCGGUGGAAAAGUCAUUAACCCGAUUAAACAAGAACGUGAUGAUCCAGGGUAUGAAAAAUACAAUACAAAGCAGCUGAGCUCCAGAGAUAAUCGGAAUGCUUCCCCAACAGAGACUGGCUCAAGAAGUGGUCUGCCUCACUCUGACAAGCACAGAGCCCACCAUAGUGCAUCAGAUAGACAUACCGAACAGAGACAUAAGUUACUGGAGAACAAACACCGAGAUAAUGGAUCAAAAAGACCGAAAGAAUAUGAGAAAAGGGAACAUGAGAAAAUAAGAAAAUGAUGUUAUUUCGUUAUAUAAUAAAUGACAGCAACACAAAUUCUAGAACCAAGGCCAUAUACAGAACCGUUCUCCAAACCCAAAGGGGCUUUCAUGGCCAAGAGAAUUUUUUUUACAUACACCAUUUCAUAUCAUCUAUGAUAGCUGUGUGCAGAUUUUGCAGUUAUGAAUGUGUCAGCAGUAAAAUGGAUGUCCAUACUGCCAUUCCUUACAGCAGUCCUGUACCGUUUUAUAUGAUCCCUUCAUUUAAUGGUUCUAGCUUUAGUCUAUGUAUAGAUGUAGUUUUGUGGAUGGCACCACUUGUCAUAGAAGAUAUGUUGUUAAAUUAUUUUUUAAAUAUAUGAAAAUUAAAUAAAAGUCCUGGUGCUGGAAAAACAUUUACGGUACUCCA